AUGGAUGACAAAAAUGAAGAGAAGCAGCAGGGAAUGUCCCCCCGGGAUGAGUACUUUGCCAAGCUGGCGGAGUGGGUCAAGGAGGUUCAUGCGAUCCGAACAGCCAACCUGAUGUUCAUGCACCACCUGGUGGUGAACUAUCCGCAGCUAUUCCAGGCUCCACAUCCAGCACAUCCUGCUGCUCCACUGCCCCUGGAGCAACCAACUCCCGAUGUUGAGCUGCCAGCUGGACCAAGUGCCAAUGUGUUCGUGGUGGCGCCCUUGUGGAAACGCACUGCAGCGGAGGCCAUCGACAGGAUGAUCAUAGGAGUCCUGCAGCUGGUCCUCACACUUCUGCUGUCCUCGGUCCUGUUGGGCCUCCACUCGGUGAACUAUGUGGGGCUGUUCAACGACCUCGUGCUGCUGAACCUCCUGUCCGAGAUUCCCCGCAGCUGUCUCGAGGCCCUGUGGUGCUAUUCCUUCGCGGGGGUCACUCCGGGAAAGGCCCUGUUGGGCAUCUGUGUUCUGCAGGGGGCGAGCAUAGUUCCGAUUCAACUGCCGGGUCUGCAGGAUCUGCAGGAUCCGCCGAAGGUGGUCAUCCACCAGGCUCAACCGCCUUCGCUGAUGAGCUCCUUUCGUCGCUCCCUGGCCAAGAACAUCCUGUCGAUGCUCUUCCUUCCCUUGUUCCUCAUGUUCGCCAUUAAGACCCAACGCACUGCCCAAGAUGUCCUGACCAAGACCAUUGUGGUGGAGACCGUGCCGGGGGAGCACAUCUGA